UGAAGUUUUCAAACAUUUUGGAGCAGUGUCAGUUAAGGAAUUAAGCAGAGAUAGUCACUAAAGGCUUAAUCCUAUGUACGUUAUCUCUCUUUUUUUAAAAUGUCAUCUGAAAAAAAAGAAUAUCCAGGAUAUGGGGCCAGCAACCCAACUGCCCCAGCUUAUCCACAAGUUGCUCAUCACCCUAGUAUGAGUCUCCCAUAUCCUUCUUAUCCAGGCACAGCUUUUACAGCUGCAAACUAUUUACCAUCAACUCCUCCAACUUAUAUACCAGCUGGUUCUUAUGCAACGCCAGUAGGACCCCCAAUUCCUUAUGGUGCUCGUCCAAUACCCCACCCUUACCCUCACAGCAACCAAAGGCCAGUAAUGAAUGGGAGGCCAUUAGCUCAACCCUAUCCCCAGCCUACACAAAGAACUGUGCUCAGUGGGGUGAAUCCUGGAGGAAUGUCACUGUAUGGUUAUACUGCCAACACACUUCCAGCACAAUAUCUCCAAACAGUUCCUUCUAUGUAUGCCACUCGACCUGGAGCAACUGUUUACUUACCAGCAGGAUAUGAUCCAGGUGCUCGUUUUGAUGGGCAUGGCAUGCCUGUUGUUCCUCCUGCACCCCCUGGAGUUACUCCCAAUGCUGCUCAGUUAGCCAUGAUGCAGGGGAAUUCAGUGAUGUUGGGACAGCAGAAAUCCAGUUAUAUGACAGGAGGCAGUAGUGGAGGGUACACCUUUUGGUAAACUGAUGUAGGGUAUAGGGUAGUGUGAUUCUUGCACAAAGGCUCCAUCUGGUCAGGGGUCAGAGGCCCCUACUUCAGGAUAUGCCCCAGGGCUAUAUGCAAGUAAUUGCCUUGAUCCACAAGAAAAGCGAUCAGUUUAGUAAUUCAUAUAUAUGUUAUAAUGUCAUGAAAUCUUUUUUUGGACUGAGAACAAAAUCAAGUGAUAAGUUACAAUAUACAAUAUUGUAGAUGCUUUUAAUGUAUACUGUACUAUACUUUCGGAGCUCUUUUUAUUUACAAUGUCAAUGCAGUGCUGUCAAUUGAAAUAUAAAGUUGUAAAUUAUCAUCCUUUAAAAGUGGCUUUGAACCUGUUUUUUUAGUGAAUUUUUAAUGCAAAUAAUAUGUUCAUUUAGUGACCAGUGAGUGUAUAAGGCAAGCACUUCCAAGCUAUAAAUAAAAAAUGGAUUUUUAUUCAA